GUCCGUGACUGUGCGCCGCGAAGCCGCUGCCGCUAUGCCGGUCACUGGGAAGACCUUCCGCCGGCGCCGGGCCGACUCUGAGUCGGAGGAAGAUGAGCAAGAUUCGGAGGAGGUUAGAUUGAAGCUGGAGGAGACCCGAGAGGUACAGAACUUGAGGAAGAGGCCCAACGGGGUGAGUGCUGCCGCCCUGCUGGUGGGCGAGAAGGUACAGGAAGAGACCACUCUAGUGGACGACCCCUUCCAGAUGAAGACGGGCGGCAUGGUGGACAUGAAGAGGCUGAAGGAAAGGGGCAAAGAUAAGAUCAAUGAGGAGGAUGACCUGCACUUGGGGACAUCGUUUUCUGCAGAAACCAACCGGAGGGACGAGGACGCAGACAUGAUGAAGUACAUCGAGACGGAGCUGAAGAAGAGGAAGGGGAUCGUGGAGCACGAGGAGCAGAAGGUGAAGCCCAAGAACGCGGAGGACUGUCUGUACGAGCUCCCCGAGAACAUCCGCGUGUCCUCGGCCAAGAAGACGGAGGAGAUGCUGUCCAACCAGAUGCUCAGCGGCAUCCCCGAGGUGGACCUGGGCAUCGAUGCUAAAAUCAAAAACAUCAUCUCCACGGAGGACGCGAAGGCCCGCCUGCUGGCAGAGCAGCAGAACAAGAAGAAAGACAGCGAGACGUCCUUCGUGCCCACCAACAUGGCCGUGAACUACGUGCAGCACAACCGAUUUUAUCACGAGGAGCUCAACGCUCCCACCCGGAGGAACAAAGAAGAGCCCAAGGCGCGGCCCUUGCGUGUGGGCGACACGGAGAAGCCGGAGCCGGAGCGGUCCCCGCCUAACCGCAAGCGUCCAGCCAACGAGAAAGCCACUGACGACUACCACUACGAGAAGUUCAAGAAGAUGAACAGGCGGUACUGAGGCUGCUGCGAGGCCGUGCGGAGCCCACUGCUUCCCCACAGCACAGUCCCCAGACAGAGAGCGCGGCUGCUGCCGCCGCCAGGGGUGUCAGCCACUGACUGGGACCUUUUGCAGCAAGGCGAUGUGUAGCUGCCCCAUUGGAGGCAAACUUAUUUCCUAUGAGCAUAUUAAAUUUUGUUUGU